AUGGUGCUGUAUUUGGAAAUGCGUUUUGAUCGUAGAUUGCGUCUGUUCGGUUCUGUAAUGUUUUUAGUUGGCAUGAUACUUUGGCUGCCCAUUUCCAUUUAUGUGCCUGCUUUAACAUUCAAUCAAGUGACUGGCAUCAAUUUGUACACAAUCAUACCGAUUGUCUGUGUGGUUUGCACCAUUUACACCUGUAUUGGUGGCAUCAAGGGUGUAAUAUGGACAGAUGUAUUGCAGGGUUUUGUUAUGGUAAGCUCAUUGGUAUUUGUGGCCAUCAAGGGUACCAUGGAUGUGGGUGGCGUUGGAGAGGUUUAUGAGAGAAAUAAUGAAACUGGCAGACUAGUGGCACCGGAAUGGACCUUUGAUCCCACUGUGCGCAUGGGUUUCUUUGCUGUAUUUGUGGGCGGCACUUUAUUGAAGUUGCAGGGCACUUGUAUUAUUCAACCGGCCGUGCAACGCUUUUUAUCUUUGCCCAAUAUGGCAGAUGUUAAGAAAUCUUUAUAUGCUUUCAUAAGUGGCCUGGUAUGUCUGCUGAGUCUGUGCAUUUAUUUGGGUCUUUUGGCAUUUGCUGCCUAUUAUGACUGUGAUCCCAUAUCCACAGGGUUGGUUCGCGCUAAAGAUCAAAUUGUUCCUUUAUAUGUCAUGCAAAUUGCCGGCUCCUUUCCCGGUGUUGGUGGCCUUUUUGUAUCGGGUGUAUUCAGUGCUGCUUUGAGUUCAUUGUCCACGGUGUUGAAUUCAUUAUCUGGUGUGGUUUUAAAAGAUUUUGUGGAACCCUAUCGCAAAACACCUUUCACCGAAAGACAAACUGCUGUUAUUCUAAGAGUAGUAGUAUUGUUUUUUGGUUUCUCGGCCAUGGCUUUAGUUAAAGUUGUAGAGAAAUUGGGCAUGGUCAUGCAGUUGUCGGCCACGGUCAAUUCCAUAUCAACCGGACCCAUGUUGGGUGUGUUUACUGUGGGCAUGACCAUGCCCUUUGUAAAAACAGAGAGCGUUUUGACGGGCUGUAUUACUGCCGCCUUGACCAUGGCCUAUGUGGCCAUACGUUCCCAAAUUGAUAGUGCCACUGGUGUUUUGAAGUUCCCCACUAAACCUGUAUCGGUAGAGGGCUGUACCUAUGAAUUUGAAGCUUUAAAUAAAACUAUUUUAAGUACUGCAAUGCCAGCCGUUUCGGGCAGCGCCUUUCAUCAUUUAUCAUUUCUGUGGUAUACAGGCUUGGGAGCCGGUGUCACUAUUGCAGUGGCUCUUUUGGCUACCCUGUACUUUGGUAAACAGGAUUCCAGUGAGGUUGAUCCCAAAUUGAUUACUCCUAUAUUGAGAAAAUACAUGAACAAAUAUAAGUACAGCAGUGUGGCCAUAACUAUGAAUGAAAUUCAGCAGAAUGCUACUGAAACCGGUUGCUUGGAGGAAACAGAAGAGCUGAAAGAUGAGCGAAAUGUAAAUCAUUAA